UCUCAUCAACAUGUUUUCAUAUAUUCUUUACACCGCUUUGGCGCUUUUGCCGUUAUUGCUCUACUACUGGAGAAAUCCUUACAUUCUGAAGGACAUAAAUUACGCAAUCGCUGCGAUCAAAGUCGGAAUCCGUCUUAACAAAAGCCGUAAAAACUUUGGCAGUAUUUUGGAUGAUUUCUUGGACGCCGUGAAGAAACAGCCGCACAAGAAGUUCAUAGUUUUCGAGGACACUUCUUACACUUACAGCCAGGCCGACAGGGAGAGCAACAAAGUGGCCAGGGCUCUGUCCGCGCAUGUGCAGCUGAAGCAGGGGGACACUGCAGCUCUGUUCCUGGGAAACGAGCCCCUGUUUGUGUGGAUGUGGCUGGGACUGGCCAAACUGGGAUGCACGGCGUCUCUGCUCAACUGCAACAUCCGAUCCAAGUCUCUGCUGCACUGCUUCUCCUGCUGCGACGCCAAAGUCCUGAUCGCUGGAGCAGACCUGCAAGGGGCCGUGGAGGAGGUGUUGCCCACCUUGAAGCAGCAGGGCAUUCGGGUGUUCAUCCUCAGCAACAAGUGUGACGUGGAGGGCAUCGAAAGCUUCUCUGAUAAAAUCCAGCAGGCCUCAGACGAGCCAGUGUCGCCUCAACUGAGGGCCAACCUUACCCUUAAGAGCCCUGCACUGUACAUCUACACCUCAGGAACUACAGGGCUUCCCAAAGCUGCUGUGGUCACCCAUGAGAGAAUGCUGAUGGCGUGUUAUCUCCAGUCGAUGGCCAGUGUUCACUCAGACGAUGUCAUCUACAUCUACCUGCCUCUGUACCACUCUGCUGGUUUCCUGAUGGGUCUCUGUGGAGCCAUAGAAAGAGGCAUCACUGUUGUUUUGAGACGUAAAUUCUCUGCGUCCAACUUCUGGAGUGACUGUAGAAAGUACAACGUCACUGUUAUUCAUACAUAGGAGAGAUUAUGGCUACCUCUGCAACAUACAAAGAAAGACAACGAGAAGGAUCAUAAAGUCCGGGUGGCUCUGGGGAACGGGAUCAGGACCGACACGUGGGCCGACUUCCUGGAGCGAUUUGGAGACAUUCAUAUCUGUGAAUGCUACGGAGCCACUGAAGGAAACAUCGGCUUUGUCAACUAUGUCGGCAAAGUCGGAGCUAUUGGUCGAGAGAAUUUCUUCCAAAAAGCAAAUUCUUAAACUCCUCUUUCAGAGAUUGUCUCAUACGCUCUCAUAAGAUACGACACGGAGAAAGAGGAGCCGGUCAGAGACUCCAAAGGAUUUUGUAUUAAGGUCCCAACAGGAGAGACUGGUUUGUUGGUGGGAAAGAUUUCAAAGGCAGCUCCCUUCAGCGGCUACGCCAAGAACGAGCAGCAGACAGAGAAGAAGAAGCUGAAAAAUGUGUUUGAGACGGGAGACCUUUACUUCAACAGCGGCGACCUCCUGAGGAUAGAUGAUGAGGGAUUUAUCUACUUCCAAGACCGCAUUGGAGACACUUUCAGAUGGAAAGGAGAAAACGUUGCAACCACAGAGGUGUCGGAUCAUUUGCUCACUGUGGACUUCAUUGAGGAGGCGAAUGUCUACGGGGUGAAAGUGCCAGGCCACGAGGGAAGAAUUGGGAUGGCAGCGCUGAAGCUGAAAGAAAACAUGGACUUUGACGGCAAGACUGCCUACCAGCAUGUCAAAAGCUACCUACCCAGCUACGCAAGACCUCGUUUCAUUCGCAUACAGGAUGACCUGGUGGUGACCGGAACGUUUAAGCAGAUGAAGGUGAAGCUGGCGGAGGAAGGAUUUAACCCCUCUGUCAUCAAAGAUCCGUUAUACUUCCUGGAGGACAAUAAGGGCUACGUACCCAUGACUCAGGAGACUUUCAAUUCCAUUUCAGAGGGAACACUCAGGCUCUGAGAGAGUUCAGUGUUUAUUAUUGGAUCGUCAAGCUCGAAUAGUGCAUUUAAUUUUAGAUGAUACAAGAAGCCCAGUAAUGAUGAACGACCUGUAGAUUAUAGCAUUUAUAUACACGGCACAUUUCAUAGCUUCUGUGGGGUACAUUCAUUUCAAGGGAUGUUAUUUAGUUUGAAAUACUUUUUUAAAAAGAUAAUUGCAUUAAAAACAUGAUUGAAACUGGCAA